UGACGGACCAACUUCGGGCCACGGGCAAAUAGUGCAGGCAGACAUUUCCACAUUUUAAAAAAGACACUUUUGAUUUUGUUCACUUUCGGUUUACAAUUGUCCCUUUUUCCUGAGUGAUAUCACUGGAGCUACUUCACAACUGACAACUUUACAGCGAACUGAACCUCGGAUCUUUCAGUUUCAGCAAGAAACAGCCGGAGAUGGCGGCGCUAUGCAGUCGUCGUUGCUUCUACGUCGUCCGUCAGCCUCAUAUUAUUCUGAGGAUCAAUAACAGAUGGCAGAGUGCAGUGGCGAGUCCCCAGAUGCAGGACUUCCUCAAUGGCGCCCCCCACAGGAAGCACCCGGGCGUGACGGCGCUGAAAAGCGUCUCCCUUCCAGAGGAACUGCAGAGAGCGGCGCUAACGGUUAUACACGAGGCAGCAGUGAAACAGCUGGCUGAGAAGGCGCACAGACUCACCAACUUCCUGUGGAGCAGGCAGAGGCAACCAGAAGACUUGGCACUGAGGAAGAAAGCGGUGGCUUUGGAGAAAACUUUCUGGGAGAAAGAGAAGGAGAGUGGCAGAGAUGGAGACCCCUAUUUACUGAAGACUGAAAUUCAGAAGAUGGUUCUUUCAGAACUGAAGAAAACAACGUAUCAUUGGACACCACUGAGGUACAGUGACGAUGUUGCCAUGGUGUAUUUGGCAGCGAGGGUUGCCGGGGGUUACGCUGCAGUGAGGAGAGUUUUGAAUGAGAUAAAGAAGAGAGACCCUUCCUUCUCCCCUCGCUCUCUGCUGGACUUUGGGUCAGGUGUGGGAACGGUGUUGUGGGCGGCGCACACACUGUGGGGUGACUCUCUGGGGGAGGCUGUAUGUGUGGACAGCUCUGGGGCCAUGAACUCACUGGCAGAACGGCUCCUCAGAGGAGGCAGCGAAACGGGAGAUCCCACGAUCAAACAGGCCUACUUCCGGCAGUUCCUCCCUGUCACUCCAAAGGUGCAAUUUGACCUGGUGGUGAGUGCGUUUUCACUGUCAGAGCUGCCCACUCUCAAGGAGAGGAAAGAUACCAUCCAUACACUGUGGAGAAAGACACAGUCCUACCUGGUGCUGGUGGAAAACGGGACGAAAGAUGGUCAUCAGAUUCUCAUGGAGGCCAGAGACACACUUCUGACGGAAGAAGAUAAGGUGACCUUUGACUCCAGAAGAGCCUCUGUGUUCGCUCCGUGCCCGCACCAGUUGACCUGCCCCAAACUUAAACGGCACACCCAGCUGCCCUGCAACUUUCCCCAACCCUACCAACCCCUGCCCCUGCGUGGGAGUGGCGAUCGUGACAUAGAAAAGUUCAGUUAUCUGGUCCUGGCGCGGGCGGGGCAGGGGGCGGGGCAGGAGGCGGGGUCUGACUGGGCGCGGCUGACUGGCCCAGUGCUCCGCCGGUCCCGACACGUCCACUGUGACCUCUGCUUCAGCGACGGAGAGCUCAGGCGUGUCAUCGUGACCGCCCAUCGACACGGCAGAGACCUGUACCGCUGUGCCAGACGCAGUCAUUGGGGCGAUCGCCUGCCAAUCAUCUUGCAAGAGGACCCCGCCCCUGCAGAAUGAGCAGCCAAUGAGAAUGCACUGCAGUGCAUAUGGCUUUGCAUUCAAAACUCCGCCUUCACCUCCUCUCCACCCAGGCAGAGGGAGACACCGGGAGACUCUGGCCUGUUGCUUCACAGAGAACCAAUCAGGGACAGCCAGGGGAGGGAGGCUGAGUGAGACAGUGGGGAGCUGCUGGGCUCCUUUCACAGCACCACCUCCUGGAGUGGAGGAUAAACUGAGGCAGGAGGAUGGAAGAUGUUUUGGGUGUCUUAUCCAGGUUAUACUCCUGUGUUCCCCUGUCACAUCUCUCUCUCUCACACAC